UCUGACUUCAAAUAAAAAGUACAGAGGUGUGCAUUUCACUGCUGUUCUCACACCUCUUGCACUGAAGCAAGGUCCAUUUUUAUAAUAGUUGUCAUCGGUUGGGGUCACACAGAAAACAUCUAAAAAAAAAUGAACAAUCAAUAUUUUCGCUAUGAAGUCCUUGCCUGUGAGACUGGUGAGCUGAAAAUCUUCUGGGAAAAAACCAUUGAGAAGCAAACUCAACAUCUGAAAGCUGAGAAAGACCGUCUACAGAAAAGUGCAUUGACUAAACUCAGAGACGAAUGGAAAGCAAUGCUAGAAAAAAGAUUAAAAAUGAUACAAGAACAUGAAGAAAAGAAAGAAGUCCCCCAAUGAAGAAAAAGCACAGGUUUAUAUGCACUGAUUGGAAAAUGGCUGAAAUUGAAAGAAGAAAAUUUGCACUGAGGCAAAGCUGUAGUGUUUGGCUUGCAUUUGCUUAAAAACAACUUUCCAGAACUGAAUACUCUCCAGAUAUUUUGGACCACAACUCCCAGAGCUCCCAGUCAACAUGGUAGCUGUAACACACUUGGAGGCCACCAGUUUAGGGGAAGAAUAAUUUAAAAACAAUCCUGAAUUUAUGCUGGAAAUCUAUGUAAUAAGGUUUCCUGCAAGAGAAGUUCAGUUCCUAGUGCGCUCAUAAAUAUGUUCAUGAGUUUUCUUGGUAGCAAUAUGGCUGUUUGCCCUUGACUUUUUCCAAGAUUUUUCUUGACUCCCCAACCUAGGCUCCAGUCCUGAGAGACAGGAAGGGAGGAAGGGAAGGAGGGAGAGGGGGCAGCUUAUAUUGCAAUUUUAGUUGCUCUUCAAUUAAAAUACUUCUCUGCUUUUUUCUUAUUCACCACUUUGUUGGAGUCUAGUGUAGUGUACUAACUUUUAGAAUUAUACAGUUUUUCUUACCAAUUUAUAAUUUUGUAUAUUCCCCUAGCGUGCCUUGAGAUUGAAAGGCAACUGAUAAAUAUUAUUAAAAACAUAAUGUUUGCUUUUGGAACAUUAACUAUAUCCUCUGUUCUCCUAUUCUUUAUUCUUGGAAGAGAAGUAUAUCCACACACCUCUUGCAUUAUUAUUGUUAACAUUAUUAUUUUGACUUUGGGAGAUAUCACCCUCCCAAUAACAAGAGGUGCCACAGAAGUAAGUCCAUCUAGUCUUCCUAGAUUCUAGAUGUGCCAGCUAUCCAUUAAGACUAAUAAAUUCCUUAAAUCAGUUUCAAUGCAAAGCUAUCUAUAAAAUAAAACAAUAAUUCCAGGAACAAAAAAAAUGAGGAAAAGACAUUCCUCUGUCUCUCCCAUAUUGCUAAGUUCAUGGUAGCAGGACUGGAGAGUUUAUAUAGUUCUGUAAAACUGCAACCUUUCACACAAUUACACAAUGUUGCCAGCUACAUUAUUUCCAUGUAGAAUUGCACUAUAACUAAAUCAAACACCAUUGUUUUCACAUAUUGCAAAAAUUAUCUUUUGUUGCAAAAGAUAAGCUGGUGGCCUGUUCCAUUCCAUUGACAGAGUUCAAUAUUAUUUUAACACUCACAUGGGCUGCAAUUUUCCAUUAUUUGUAUAAGUACAGAUAGUCCUUGACUUACAACCAUUCGUUUAGUGCACAGGUCUUCAAA